AUGAACCUCGCAUCCGCCGUGGGGAGCGCGACGGAGAGAAGCGACGGAUAUCGCGACAGAAAAUACGACGGCGAGGGCGACAGUGUGAGCGACAGAGGGAGCGGCGGUCGUACUACCACUGAUCCUAGUAGGAUCGAGGCGGAUGGCCCUAUCAGCGGUUCCGAUAUUGACUUCUUUAGCUCCGAUAGGCACAGCUCCGUUAGUAGCAGUGAAGCCAGCAGCGGCAUUGACGAGUGGAAGGAUUCGAGUGAAGCUGUGAUGUCGGCGAGGGACGGGAGAGAAGGAGUCGGCGCGGAAAAGUCGUUCUUUGAGUCGACUCAAAAUUCGUGGAAGGAUUCGACUGAAGCUGUGAAGUCAGCGAGGGACGGGACAGAAGGAGGUGGCGCGGAAGCGUGGGAGGGGAGAUUUGGGCGAGCAGUUGACGGAAACGGUAUUCGGUGGUUGGGAGCGGUGGAGGAAGGAAGGGCGAGAGGAGCACGGGAUGUGAGUGAUGGUUCAAGGGGCGAUGGGGGGUCAGGCGUGGGUGGGGAAGAUGGAAGCGCGGGAGUAGGAAAGGGUGUGGCUGAUGAAGAAUCGCUAGGCGGGACGACUGGGAUCAGCAGCAGCAGGGGCAGUGGCAACGGUAGUGGGUUGGACGCACUCCGGCUUCUGCUGAGGCGAAGGGGUAGCGAGCGAACGGGGGAGGAGUCCCCCCCAGGGAGGGCAGGUUUGUUCGGUCUAGGUGGCUCGGAAAGGACGAGAGAGCGUAGUGGUCGCGCGGAGGAGGAGAUAUUGAGAGGGAAUGGGUGUUUGGGCGACGAGACCUCGCGAGAGAGGGGAGACGUAGGUGGUCGAGAUGGCAUGGAAGGGAUGGGAGGGCGUAAUGGGAGCAGGGAGGAGGGGAUAUUGAAAGGGAGUGGCGGCUUUGGGGACUCUGAUGGUGCUGUGGAAAGGGGUGCGGGUACUGCAGACGGUGCAGCAGCAGUGUUCGGUAGAAGUGGACAACCUUGGAAUGGCGUUUUAUCGGGGCAGACUAUAACGAGUACGGAUGGAGAGUAUUCGUGUUGCUAUGGAGUGGAGGUGGCAGGCCUGCCUGCGGACGUAUCAGAGGAGGACACGUGGCAGAUGAUGGAGGGGCGAGGUGGGGAGGUGGUGGAUGUGAGGGUCACCACGGCGCACGUCCGAGCCUGCCCUGCAGGCUUGGAGCCGCUGGUGGUCCGGUUCGAGUCCAAAAACCCUCUCCGCCGUCAGGCUCGGCACGAGGCUCGGCAGCAGGGGCGGCAAUCGUUGGACUGUAGCGCCGACCACUUCUGGCCUCGAGAUAUUCCGGUGCUGGCUGUGGAUCUGCGGGCGGCGGGAGUGGUCGAUGUUACGGUCGCGGUUACAGACAACAGCUCUCAGGCAGUGGCGGAGGUGAAAGAGAGGCUGAAAGCAGCGAGUCCCCAGUGGGCAGUGAGCCUCCCCUUCGACCCGCUCAUCAGCCCCUGCUGCCCUUUGGAGCCUGUAGGAGGGGGUGCAGAGAAGCAGAGGGCGCGGUUGAAGAAGGUGCAGGAUAGGCUGGAUGGCAUGGGCUUGUGGUUACAGCGGUUACAGGUUCAGGUGGAAGAUAUGUCGGGUGUGAUUGGUCGAGAGGUGGCUGCAUUGGAGGGUGGUUUAGAUGGUGAUGGGGACAGUGAUCGGGUGUAG